UAGCACUGCUGAGGCUAAUAUACUAUCAGGUUGCCGAGCAACGGCAGGCUCGCGCUGGCUAACUAAACCGACUAAACUACUAAACUGACUGUGUUUAAAAUCAGUGUUUCAGACUACUGAAUAACGAGAGACAACCUAACUACAGCAUCCUCGCUAUGAGCCAUAAUGCCCUCAACAUCUUCAGUAACCACGUCAAAACCAGGACCAAGACCAAGACCAAGACCAAAGCAAAGGUCAUAUCCAUUGCUAGAUAUUCUUCCACCCGUCCCUGCUGAUCAGUUUGCUGGAGCACAAAGACAGGCACACUGCAGUCCUCCUCAAAAGAUAAAACGUCUCAAGACAAGGAAGGAGAGGAAUCAGAUUCGAGGGCCAAACAUCAGCAGCUUUUUCUUUCAAAGCCAUGUUAAAAAAGUCAGCAAAGACAAGGCACAGGGGUGCAGCUGCAAGGAAUCCCACUCCGGUCAUUCCCACAAACAUUUCAUAAAAGAUAAAACUAUCACUAAACUGUUCCAUCCACAUAGGCCAAGUAUCAUCACAGAGGGGCGCCUGACGUCUAGCAGAGGCCUCUUUAGCCAUGAGGUGAGGUCUGUGGAUAUUGAGAGAUUGAUGAAAGAUAGAAGGAAGAGUCAAAGUCAGGCAGAAGACCAUCAAGCUGCUGCAGAUAACUCCUUGUCUGUGUCUUCACCCUUAAUUUUUAGUCCUAGGCCAGAAUCUGGUGAGCCUGUUGCUUCUAUUUCUAGAUGUGUGCAAGAUGUAGAUGGAGAGCUGGCUUUAGAGCAGACGAAUCAUCUGCAGACAAUCACAGAAGAACAUAGUUAUAUGCUGACCUGCCAUGAAUCUUUGGAGAACGUUGUUGGAUCAGGACACAGAUCGUCUAAUAAGACCAAACCUGCAGUUCUUUCUUCAACAGAAAGCGAUUUCAUUCAGUCCUUCUCAACCCCUGACCCACCCAACAAGACUGGCCCUCCUUACCCACCAGGAGAACGGGAAGAAGAGCCAGCAGCAGACAAGACAACUACGGCAGACAAGACCCCCUUAGAUAAGCAACAAAGAACUCACAACCCACUCAUUAGGUCUCUACAGUCUGACCCUGCAGUCUGCACUGUUGUUUCUCCAACUACUCCUGCAGCUAAUGCUCAGCAGAUUGACCCUGAUGCUCUGGUUUCCAGCGAGGCAAUAGGCAGGCUGGCAGCUCGCCUGUGCCAGGACCUUCCUUUAACUCCUUUGCGAUGCCACCUCCCCCUACUGACUGAGUGCAGAGAGGUGCUCCUGCAGGCCCUGCAGGAGAGGAACAGCCAGACUGGGCUUCACUUACAGCUCACUACUCCUACAGCACUUCCAGAUCUGAGGCACCAAAUCACAGAACAAGCAAGCUCCAGCUCACAGCAGAGAUAUGGAGAAAGCACACCCACACCCAUGCAUUUCAGCUUCACAAGGGGAUAUGAAGAUAAGAGCUCACGCAGAGACUUUGUAAGAGAGGAUGUUUACCCAGACACUGAACGAGGAGCAGGUGAUGAGAGGAGGAGGAGGCCUCAUGUGUGGACAGUGUACUCACCUCAGGAUGUCUUCACAAAGCUACAGUCACCAUGUGAAGAUUUAUUGGACCAAUGGAGUGUAAGAAUCCCAGUUCCAGAGUCCCUUACAGCCAAUCAGCUCCACAAACCACUGCAGCGAGUCUCUCUGCACCAAGCCUUCACUGCAAUAGAAACACCAACACCUUAUUCCAACAGCUGUGGACCUGAAUCUGCUAAGAUGUGUUUUCUGAAGCCACAGAAGCAAGAGAAACCGUCCAUCAGCCAAAACACAGUGAGAGAAAUCAACGCGCUGCUCGACCAGUGGAGCAGUGACCCAGAUUUAGCGUUCCUGUUCCAUGAAAACGUGAGGAGAUCCCAUACAUCAUCCGAUCAUCUGACAGAGCCGAAUUCAUCGUCUCCUUAUCAGAAGGUGGAGAGUGCCAGAGGGAGACCACCUGCUGGGGCAUCAUCCACCGUUUCAGCGUUCUUUCCCCCUGAAGGAUUUACUUACGAACCUUACUAUCGCUUUCCACAUCCACUCAACGUCAUCAACAGGCCAGAGAGGUCCAGUAGCAGUCCUUAUAUUCUCUCAGACAUCAGAGAUUUAGGACUUUCUCCGUCUUUACUCUUAAACACUCCUUAUUUCCGUUAUUCACUGUAAAGCUUAGAGCUGCUCUGCAUUAUACACUCAUUAUGCUGGGAUGAAAUAUUACAUUUUAAGUAGUAAAGGUUAGUUUAUGAGGUUUGUAACCACCACAGGUCCUGCACUCACUUUUAAAGAUGUCAGCUACACAGAUUUUUAGAGAUUGGCUGCAGAAAAAUGAUUAGAGACCAAGUUAUCUGUUUCAUAUUCAUAGGUUCAAGUUUUAAUGCUGCAUUGCAAUUAAUACUAAAAUUGACACUGCAAAAGUAAAAAGAUUUUGUCCACAAUUGAUCCAAUUCAAUAAGUAACUAUAUAUCAAACAUUUUCCCCUUUUGGGACAAAUCAGUUCUUCUUCUUCUUCUUUUCUUAAAUUGGACAUAUUAACAUCAUAAAAACUAAAAUGACUUAUUUUUUUAUUUAUUCAUUUUUAUGAAAUCACCUAAGCAAAAAUAAAAGUAAAUAAAAUGACUUAUUUCUCUCCCCAAAAUUGGGGGAAAUGUAUAAGAUAUGGUUAAUUAUUGAAAAGGCUGAGUGUACUAACUAAAAUAUAACUGAAAAAAUACUUAAUACAGUGUACAUUAAUAAGUGGGUAAAAGAUAAACUGAUAAUUAUACCCAAUUUUUCUGCAGAAGGCUUUCUGUGUUGUUUGAUCUCAGAAUCUGCUGGAAUUUUAUAGAAUACUUUUGGAGAUUAAGCAUUUCUUUUACUCCUAGAACUAUUCAGAGUAGCAGAUAUUUUGAAAAAGGGUGCCCAGGUUUUUGCCUGACUCUGUUCACAUUUUAGUAUAUAAAACAUAUUAUAUAUUAAUGUGACAGUGUGAUGUGUUAGGAAUUCAGAUUGUGCGAUUCUUUUUACCACAGCAAGGCUGUGACACAGGCUGUGCCAGUUCUUUGCCUACUACAGUUAUACAUCUUUAACAAAAAAAGGGGGAAAUCUUAAGCACUGGCUUAGAAUGUCAGGGUUUCAGGGACACUGUUAAAAAAUAAAACUAGCAGACUUUGAAAAAUAAAGUCAAAUUGUUACGAGAAUGCAGUUGUUAUACAGGUGCAUCUCAAGAUAUUUGAAUAUCAUUGAAAAGUUACUUUAUUUCUGUAAUUCAGUUCAUAAUGUGAAAUUCAUAUAUUAUAUAGAUGUAUUACACACAGAGUGAUCUAUUUUAAGCGUUAAUUUCUUUUCUUGCUGAUGAUUAUGGCUUUUCUGAGUGUCUCAGAAAAUCUGAAUAUUAUGUAAGACCAAUUAGUAUAUUUGGCAGUGUGGGCAUUGUGCCAAAUCCUGCUGGAAAAUGAAAUCCCCAUCCUCAUAAAAGUUGUCAGCAGAGAAAAGCAUGAAGUGCUGUAAGAUCAUCACUUCCAAAAGUACCAGUUGGUCUUAUAUAAUAUUCAAAUUGUCUGAUCAUCAACAAUAAAAGAAAUAUACGCUUAAAAUAGGUCUCACUGUGUGUAAUACAUCUAUGAAAUAUAUAAGUUUUGAACUGAAUAACUGAAGUAAAGAAAGUUUCAAUGAUAUUCAUAAUUUUUUUGUGAUGCACCUGUAUUUUGAGAAUACAUUCUUAAUAUUUUGAGAAUAAAAUAACAAUAUUUUUGUAUUAAUAAACCAAUAAAGAAAACACCAGACUGUUAUUAUAAGACAAAGAAACAGCUGCACUACUUUUUUGUUAAAGAAAUUGGCAGGAAAACAUGGGGCCAGUGGUUAUCUACAGGGCUAUCACUGUGCCAUUAGAAGAGGACAUGUAGUGAAACAGAUUAUGAGGCAAAUGUUUUAGUUUUCGUAUACUAAUGAUAAUCUGAUGCGCCGAGAGAUUAAAUAUUUCUUUAUUGAUAAAACUGAUUAGAAGAAUAUAACCUUUUCCUUGUAGCAAUACAUGUGUAUUUUUGGAAAUGUUUUAUUUAUUUUCAAAAAAUUGCGACUUUAUUCUUAAAGUCUGCCAUUUUUACAUUUUUAACAGUGGCCCUAAAAUGCUGUCAUAGCUUUAACAGCAGGACCUGUGGUGGUUUAUAUUAAACCUCAGUGAUUGGAUGUGGACAUGCCUGUAAGUACUGUAUGAAUUUGACCACUUAUUUUGACGUGUCACAAUUAUGCGUUUUGGAAUACGAAGGCUUCUGGUGUAAUGGUGGAUGACCCCAGUUCUGCUAGUGGAACUGCAUUAAAAUCAGGAACUGGUAGACGGGUUUUCUGUAGAUUCUUCUGCGUGUGGUGCGUUGUGGUAGUAAGUGAACGUUUAGGGUGUAGUGUUUGAGCAAUUCCAGACCUUUUAACAGGAGCGGACAUCAAAGUAAAAGAGAAAUCAAAAAAAGAAAAAUGCCCUGUAUAAUCUCCAGUCAUUUUUAAUUUAACUCUGAACAAGGAUGCAGAUUCACGUCUGAUAUUAUUUGCAAUCUUUUUUCUGUCAUUGUUUUAUUUGUUUUCAUUAUAUUCCAACUAAUUUCCCAAAAUUUGUUUAAUUUCUUCUUUUUGUAAUCAAGAGCUUGAAAUUAAAGGCUCAGAAAGCAAGCAGGAAGACUCAUUACAUGUAUUCUCUAUGUGCAAUCAUAAUUAAAUUUGAACUGUCCAUCUCA